AUGAUCAAUUCUCAGGACAAGGAGUUGAUCAAACGGGCAAUCCCCAAGGCCUCCAAUAAGAUAUUGGCGGCCGCCGUGGCGAGGUUGUACAUCGCCUAUCCGGAGCCCGACCAUUGGACUCCUACGGGACUCGCAGGCGCCAUAGUGCUAGUAGACGACCUCGUGGGCCAUACUUUCUUCCUGAAAUUAGUGGACAUCGUCUCGCACAAGGGAGUUUUAUGGGAUCAGGAGCUGUACAUCGACUUUGAAUACAACCAGGACCGCUCGUUCUUCCACUCUUUUGAGUGCGAGGAGUGCUAUUUUGGGCUGCUGUUCGAGGACAAAAGCGAGGCCACGAGUUUCUACAAGAAGGUCCAAAAUCGCGAUAAGCACGGCUCCAAACAGACCGUGCAGAACAAGCACGGUGUUGAGCUGAAGAAGGAACCCAUCCAGGUGAACAAGGUCGGAUUUAGAGGCGACAUGUCUGGGCUCGAAAACGAGCAGAGAACAAGACGCACCAAGGGCCUUAUCUACUACGAGGACGAGCCUCCUCCAGAGUGGAGGUCUCUGUACAGAGAGCUGGAAAGCGUGGGCAUUACCGAGGACAUGAUUGCUGAAAAUAGAGAGUUCAUCAAGAACUACAUUGCUCAGACAGGGGGCCCGCUCGUCGGCUUGGAGCCGCCAAUUCCUCGCAAAUACCAGUACAAGUCGGCUCAAAGGUCAACAAGCGGAGCCAGCAAUACGAACACAAUAUCGAAGAAGGCACCGCCGCCGCCGCCGCCUCCAGCAGCCCAGAAGAGAUCGUCCACGCCGGACCUGCCCAAAAGUGAUACUCCUUCGGCAAUUCCUUCGACCAUCCCUUCGAGACAGGAUACGCCGGUGUCGGAUCUCGAAAUGCCAACUCCUCCAGCGCCGGCUAAUCCAGCUCCUGCCCCCACCGCAGCUCACUCAAUUCCCCCCCCUACACACCACAACGUUCCAGCUCUUGACUACAUGCCACAUACACUAAGACAGCGCCAGAGCCAGGAUGCGCCACUUCCGCCUGAGCCACAGCAGCACAGAGCAGUCCCUCUGCCUCCUCCUAGAGCCAGUGCAGCACCACCACCACCGCCUCCUUCGAGGAACCCAGUGCCCCCUCCUCCUCCAUCAAGAACACAACCACAGCUACCUCCAAGAGAGUCUCGACCAGCGCCUGUUCCGCCUCCCCCACGUAGAGGCCCUGCGCCACCUCCACCUCCUUCCAGAUCGAGACCGCUGCCUGUACCUCAGACAUCGUCUCCAACGACAACUCACCCCGUCGCGUCGCCGUCUCCUCAGGCUGUUCCUCACCAUCCGAAUCCUGUGCCACCAGCCAAUUCGCUGCCUCCAUCCCAGCAACAGACCCAAUCGCCGUACACACAAGCUUCUUCCAUCCCUAUAGCUCCUCCACCACCACCCAUGCAAUCAGCUACCUCUCAACCUUCGCAGUCAGCUCCUCCGCCACCUCCACUUCCCCCAACAGCUCCUCAGUCAGCCUCUGUUCCUCCACCUCCCCCAGCUAUGCCUUCUGCACCUGCACCGCCUGCUAACGAAACGGCAGCAAGUCCUCCUCCUGGCGCACAGCUCGACGGCAGAGACGCUCUGCUAGCCUCGAUUCGCAAUGCAGGCGUCGGCUCUCUAAGAAAAACAGACAAGUCCCAGCUUGAGAAGCCGAAUGUGCUGCUUCAGGAAGCCCGUGGCGAAGCGCCAAAGCAGCCUGCCUCCACGGCUGCUCCAGGCCAACCGGCCUCGCUCGCAGACGCCCUUGCCGCUGCUCUCAGCAAUAGAAAAGCCAAAGUCGCAAACAGCGACGAUGAAGACGAUGGCGACUGGUGA